AUGAGGGCUGGUUCCGGAAGUCUCGCCGUCGGAGAGCUGUUGGGUGCAGCGACCUUCAUUGUGUCCUGCGUUGUAGGCUCCAUGUGCAUAAUCAAGCCUUUCCACGUCCAUCCUGGCCCUUUCCUGCGAGAUGUUGGCUUCUUCACAGUUGCCAUCACCGUCAUGUUGGUCAUACUGUGGGACGGGACAAUACAUCCCUGGGAGAGCGGGAUGCUCGUCAUCCUUUACUUGUUCUACGUGAUAGUCGUGGUGGUCAACUCUUGGUGGGACAGGCGUAGGGAGAGGAUACGUGCACGCGAGGCUUUGAUCAGAAGUGAAUACCAGGAAGACGGGAUAUUCGAACGGUAUACGGAUAACCCCGUCCCCAACAACAGCGAUACCCUCAGAGUGCAGCCCACGACUUCUAAUAGAGGGCGUGCAAUAUCAGCACCAGCCCCUCCGCGUUUACAAACCAACCUCACUCCUCGCCUUUACCGAUCAAGGUCACCUUCUCCCAUACCGUCACCGUCUCAUCACCAGCUUCCUUCCUUCUCAUUGAUCGGUGCCCUUGAGUUCCGUGACGUGGUACAAUCACUGCGCAGGGAAGCUUCAGCGUCCUCCCUCGGGAUUUUUGAGUCUCCAAUCACCCCGUACGCCGGUGGCCAUUACCAUUCUCCUUAUUCAACAAUUCGCAGGGGCCGACGCUCGUCGCAAUCGAGCCAAGAAACAGGUGGAGAUUACUUCGCCGGAGCUGUACCAACGCAGAAUUCUGUGCCCUCCAUCCUUCGAACUCCUGCUUCGCCCACCAACUCCGAAUCGCACGAAGUGCUCUAUGUUCCUCCAACGAAAAGACAACGCAUUCUGGACGUGUCGUGGCACAUCUUCCAUACUUUAUUCCCGACAUUGGCUCACAUCCGUGAACAGAGUCUGCUCGGGCGCAUCGCCAGCGUCUUUGCUGCCCCGGCUGUCUUUCUUCUCACUGUAACCCUCCCUGUCGUCGUCUCGCGUCACGAACAUGGUCGGGCAGGGAUCGAAAAACCUGCAAUCACGCUCGAGGAGGCGCCUCUAAUCGAUUUCGAGGAGGAAGCUGUAGAGCGGGUCCUACUUGCCGAGGAUGAGGUGCAAGAAGAGCUGCAUGAACUGACGUACAAGAAGUGGUUGAUGGCUACCCAAUGUGUCCUAGGCCCCUUGUUCUGUGUCAUCGUACUUUCCUUCGGGAAACCGCAUCUCGGGCUUUUGCUCGCUGCGGUUCUGGCAGGGUUUGCAUUAGCCAUCCUUGUGAUCGCGAUUGGCGGGGAUGGGAGCCAUGCUAGUGGAAAGAUGCUGCGGUGCUCCAUGGGCUUCUUGGUUUCCAUUGUGUGGAUUAUGGCCAUCGCUGAUGAAGUCGUAAACGUCCUUCAGACAUUUGGCAUCGUGUUUGGUUUGUCGGAUGCCAUCAUUGGUCUGACCAUCUUUGCGAUGGGCAAUUCGCUCGCUGACCUUGUGGCAAACAUGAGCGUAGCAGUCUUUGCUCCCAUCAUGGGAUUCUCUGCCUGCUUUGGUGGCCCCAUGUUGAACAUUCUCCUCGGUGUCGGUCUCGCAGGCACAUACAUCAUGUCGCAAACCAAGGAACCAUACGAACUUCACCUAUCGACUACUCUUCUCGUCAGUUCCGCAGGCCUCCUCACUCUCCUCGCUGUCACCCUCGUCUACGUCCCCCUGAAUGACUACUACCUCUCUCGUCGCUGGGGUAUCCUCUUGAUCAUAUCAUACCUCGCUAUCAUGAUCACCAACAUCGUCGUGGAGAUCAGGUCAUGA